UAAACCUCAACCUAGUGAAUUUUAGAACAAGAGCGAAUACCUGAACGCACCUGGUUGUAAAUGGGAAUGGCGAAACUAGUAGCUGAGCUGGGACUCCUGGAGAACCCACAGCACAGUCUGGAAUACCUGGAAGAAGUGGAGAGGCUUGGGGAGGAGAUAGUGCGCGACAAGCAGGAAGUUGUGGCACUGGACAGGCGGCGUAAUCAAAACCGAGAAGCUCUCCGAGCCUUGCACCGCCCUGAUCAUGGCAAGACAUGGCUCACUCUUGGCUCGCUGCUCAUCAAGACGCCUACUAACAAGGCAAAGGAACUUCUAGAGCAUGAUCAGGUGCAGCUAGACAUGCAGAUCAACAAGUUGCGCAGUGAUCUCAAGGUGAAGGUGAACAGACUGCGAGACAUGGAGUUCCAGUCACCUGUACCUGGGCUUAUGCUCAGUCCGCUGACCCGUUCUGAGCUGAGUGCUGUAGGACAGGUGAUAGGCCGACAUGCGUGAAAUAGAGCAAAUAUUUGUCACUUAACCUAAUGCUACAAAAAUUGUCAUUCUGUUUUGUUACAAAUUAAUGACUCCUAUGAAACGAGGGCUCUGUGCCCAAGAAAGUGUUUAAGUAUCCGGGCACAAUUGGGUGCUCAUGUGCCGCCAUUUUACUACUGAUCAUUGGUUGUAAAUGUUGUAAUUUCUGUGUCUGUCUUCUGAUAUCAAUAAAAUGGCCAAAAUAUCA